AUGCCACCAUCACUUCAAGUAGAGCAAAUUGGGCCCAGCAGGCUCACGGAGACUGACACUACGUCUCUGAAGCCCGCCGUGCUGGCUGCAGAAAGCCCAAGCCCUGCGACAAUACCCGAACCACAAACAGUUGAUGACCUUGUCCGACGCCAGGCCAUCUUGCACCCUGGCCAUCGCAGCGUCUCGUACCCGCUGCGAGGGACAACCUCAUUUGUCGAUUACACGCUCCAGCAGCUCGAUGUGUUCGCGUGGCGCGCUGCGAAGCACUAUGAGCAAUGGGUGCCUCCGAGAACGACAUCGGCGGAGAAGCCUACGGUGGUGGCUUUGCUGGGGCCCUCAGAUCUGGAGUAUCUCAUUACGAUGCUGGCCAUGAGCAAGCUGGGGCACUCGGUGCUUCUGCUGUCCACACGAAUCACCGAGCAGGCAAUCGAGUCACUUCUGGCUUGCACGGGAGCACAGGCCUUGGUAGUGGACGAUAAGCGCCUUCAAGUUGCAGAAAGAGUACAGGCCAAAAUCGCCGGCUUGGCGACGCUGCCUAUCGCCGCGAGGAGUGUCUUUGAGUUUGCCAUCGACGCACAUGGCGACACUCACAUCACCAGACCGCUUGACCCAGAGGUUGAGAGAGAAAACAUAGCCUUCAUCAUUCACUCGAGUGGCUCCACGGGCCUUCCAAAGCCCAUCUAUCAGACUCACAAGGCCUGCCUGGCCAACUAUGCCAUCGGCCUCGGCCUCGACGGCUUCAUCACCCUCCCACUGUACCACAACCACGGCAUCUGCAACCUCUUCCGCGCGAUCCACGCGCGCACCUCCCUGCACCUAUACGCAGCGGACCUACCCCUGACUCAGGAGCACCUUGCGCGUGUCCUGCGCGAGCACUCCUUUGGCGUCUUCUACGGCGUGCCGUACGCACUCAAGCUCCUCUCCGAGUCGGACGAAGGCAUCGAGCUGCUACGCCGCCUCAAGAUUGCCAUGUACGGCGGCAGCGCGUGCCCUGACGACCUCGGCGACCUGCUUGUCUCCCGGGGGGUCAACCUCGUGAGCCACUACGGCGCGACAGAGGUCGGCCAGCUGAUGACCUCGUUUCGCCCCGAUGGGGACAAGGCGUGGAAUUACGUGCGCGAGGGUGACAACGUGUCGCCGAAUUUACGAUGGGUGCCGCAGGGACCAAACCUGUACGAGUGCGUCGUCACUGACGGCUGGCCAGCCAAGGUGCAGUCCAACCAGCCGGACGGCUCUUACGCGACAAAGGACCUGUUCGAGCCGCAUCCGACUAUCCCCAAGGCGUGGAAGUACGUCGCCCGCCGAGACGAUACAAUAGUCCUCGUCAAUGGCGAAAAGUUUAACCCCGUGGCCAUGGAAGGCUCUAUCCGUUCCAACAGAAAUGUCGCUGAGGCCGUCGUCUUCGGUGCCGGUCGGCCAUACUUGGGCGUUCUUGUUGUGCCGGCACCCUCGCUGGCCAACAAGUCGCAGAACGAAAUACUGGACCUCAUAUGGCCGGUAGUCGAGUCUGCCAACAGUGCGGUCGAUGCCUUUGCCCGGAUAUCCAGAGAAAUGGUUCGCGUACUUCCUCCAGGAUGCGAGUACCCGCGCACCGACAAAGGUAGCAUCAUCAGACAGGCUUUCUACAAGGCCUUCUCGGAGGAGAUUCAGGAGGCAUACGAUGCUUCGGAUCGGGCUUCCGGAGACGUCAAGCAGCUGGACCUGCCGGAGCUGCGAGUAUUCCUCCGCGACCUGCUCUGUCGGACUGCUCCUUACGCGCCGAGCUGGGAUGAUGAGACCGAUUUCUUCAGCCUAGGCAUGGACUCGCUGCAAGCGAUUCAGAUGCGCGCCGAGAUUGUCCGUACCAUAGAUGUUGGCGGCCGGGCGCUGGGGCAGAACGUCGUCUUUGAGCAACCUUCGGUGGAGAGACUGGCGAGGCACCUCUUCUCCUUGCGUCUCGGUAGCGAUACGAGAGCGGCUACCUCUAUCGAAGAUGAGAUGAGAAGCAUGGUGUCCAAGUACACAGACAGCUACGCCGAGCCACCUCGCUUGGAAGGUUCAUCAGUUGUUGUGACCGGUGCGACGGGCUCUCUUGGAGCACACGUCGUCGCGAGACUGGCCUCGGACACCACAAUCAGCACCGUAUACUGCUUGGUGCGAGCCAGAGACGCCGCACAAGCAGCACACCGCGUCACCGAGUCUCUUCUGCUGCGCCGUCUCUGGCACACGCUGCCACUCUCCUCGCGGCGCAAGCUCGUCGCGCUACCCUCUGACCUCGCCGACCCGCAUCUCGGUCUCUCAGACUCGCACUACAACACCAUUGCCACGAAUCUACGUACCGUGAUCCACUGCGCAUGGUCCGUCAACUUCAGCAUGCACCUCUCCAGCUUCGAGGCCAGCAACGUCGCAGGCAUCGCCCACCUGCUCGCCCUCUGCCGCGCCUCUCCGCGCCGUGCGGCGUCCAUGAACUUCUGCUCAUCAGUGAGCACCGGCUCGCGCGCCUCCGUUACCCCAGUUCCCGAGUCCCUUCCCGAGCUGUCGUGGGCGCAGGGCAUGGGCUACGCGCAGUCCAAGUCCGUCGCGGAGCACAUCUGCGCAAAGGCCGACGACGUGACCUGCCGGGUGCUGCGCGUGGGCCAGAUCGUCGGCGACACGGCGCACGGGGUGUGGAACGCGCAGGAGGCGGUCCCGAUGAUGAUGCAGACGGCGCUCACUGUGGGUGCGCUGCCGCGUCUGGCUGAGACGCCUUCGUGGCUGCCCGUCGACACCGUCGCGCAGGCCGUUGCCGAGAUUUCGCUCUCCGACGCAGGCAGCGUAAUAACGAAUGUCACGAACCCAAAGACGUUCAGCUGGACGAAGGACUUGCUCCCGGCCCUUCGCAACGCAGGACUGACGUUCGACGAGGUCGAGCCCAAGGAGUGGGUGAGGAGGCUUCGCGCAUCAAACGCAGACCCAAAAGUGAACCCACCGAUUAAGCUCGUCGAGUUCUUUGCGUCCAAGUACGACAAGGACGAGUUUGCGCCCUCGAAGUCCUUUGCGACUGAGACGGCGUGCUCGCUAUCUGCAGGCUUGACGGCCGCACCGUUGCUCGACCAGAGCUUCGUCAACAAGUUUGUGCAAUACUUCUUGAACAACUCUUGGAGGAAGCCCCAAAAGACCGCACCAGAAAAAACUGCCGUUGUGGUAGCCGGGCCAUGCGGUACGGGGAAAACGGCCGUAGGCAACGAGAUAGCCAAGUGGCUGGGUGUCCCUUUUCUGGAAGGCGACUUCCUCCACGGCAAGUCCUCCGUGGACAAGAUGCGCAGCGGCGAAGCCCUCUCAGAUGAAGAUCGCGAGUCAUGGCUCGCCCGCAUCGGCACACGAUCAAAGGAGACAGUCCUCGACCUUGACUACCGGUCCGUCGUGGUCAGCUGCUCGGCUCUAAAGCAGUCAUACCGCGACGCGCUGCGCAGCGCGCUCAACAACGCAGGCAUCAGAACAAUCUUUGUCACUCUGCAAGCUGGCAAAGAUGUGUUAGUUCAGCGGCUAGAGGGUCGAAAGGGGCAUUAUAUGAGCGCCGACAUGGUCGAGGGGCAGCUUGCGGCGCAGGAGGAUGCGGCGAUUGAGGAGACGGAUGUGGUUCCAGUGGACGCCGAGGCCGAUGUGCAAACUGUCUUGGAGGAGAUCAAAUGGCUGCUGGAAAGGGUUAUGGCUAUGGAGUAG